AUGACUGUAACGUUACUCUACAGAGACAAGCCUUCUCAGAUGGUGGUGAACCUGAUGAAUGCUAAGGAGAACAUCGACGUUCCUCUAGAUUGUCCUGCUGCCAAGAAACCUCAGCAGAUCCUGGCCACACCCCCACGCCAGAAGAAGCCUAAGGUACCUGACCUGCCACCAUGGAGAUAUACAGUAUAUAAUAAAGCAUCUUCACUCUGGAUUGAGUUGGUUGACCUGACACCAAAAACGGUUACUUUUGAAAUUAUUGCAAAUGUAUUAAAUAUAAAAAACUGAAAUAUCAUAUAUUUAUACAUUUGUCAUUUAGCAGACGCUAAAUGUAUAUAUAUAUAUAAGUAUUCAGACCCUUUACUCAUUACUUUGUUGAAGCACUUUUGGCAGCGAUUACAGCCUCCGAGUCUUCUUGGGUAUGACGCUACAAGCUUGGCACACCUGUAUUUGGGGAGUUUCUCCCAUUCUUUUCUGCAGAUUCUCUCAAGCUCUGUCAGGUUGGAUGGGGAGCGUCGCUGCACAGCUAUUUUCAGGUCUCUCCAGAGAUGUUAGAUCGGGUUCAAGUCCGGGCUCUGGCUGGGCCACUCAAGGACAUUCAGAGACUUGUCCCGAAGCCACUCCUGCGUUGUCUUGGCUGUGUGCUUAGGGUAGUUGUCCUGUUGGAAGGUGAACCUUUGCCCCAGUCUGAGGUCCUGAGCAGGUUUCCCUUGAUCGUGACUAGUCUCCCAGUCCCUGCCGCUGAAAAACAUCCCCACAGCAUGAUGCUGCCACCACCAUGCUUCACCGUAGGGAUGGUCCCAGGUUUCCUCCAGACGUGACGCUUGGCAUUCAGGCCAAAGCGUUCAAUCUUAGUUUCAUCAGAUCAGAGAAUCUUGUUUCUCAUGGUCUGAGAGUCCUUUAGGUGCCUUUUUGCAAACUCCAAGCGGGCUGUCAUGUGCCUUUUACUGAGGAGUGGCUUCUGUCUGGCCACUCUACCAUAAAGGCCUGAUUGGUGGAGUGCUGCAGAGAUGGUUGUCCUUCUGGAAGGUUCUCCCAUCUCCACAGAGGAAUUCUGGAGCUCUGUCAGAGUGACCAACGGGUUCUUGGUCACCUCCCUGACCAAGGCCCUUCUCCCCCGAUUGCUCAGUUUGGCCGGGCGGCCAGCUCUAGGAAGAGUCUUGGUGGUUCCAAACUUCUUCCAUUUAAGAAUGAUGGAGGCCACUGUGUUCUUGGGGACCUUCAAUGCUGCAGAAAUGUUUUGGUACCCUUCCCCAGAUCUGUGCCUCGACACAAUCCUGUCUCGGAGCUCUACGGACAAUUCUUUCGACCUCAUGGCUUGGUUUUUGCUCAUGUCCAAUCAAUUGAAUUUACCACAGGUGGAUGCCAAUCAAGUUGUAGAAACAUCUCAAGGAUGAUCAAUGGAAACAGGAUGCACCUGAGCUAAAUUUUCGAGUAUCAUAGCAAAGGGUCUGAAUACUUGUGUAAAUAAGGUAUUUUUUUUAUUUCUAAAAACCUGUUUUCGCUUUGUCAUUAUGGGUUAUUUUGUGUAGAUUGAAUUUUAGUUUUUUUAAAUUAAUUUUAGAAUAAGGCUGUAACGUAACAGAAUGUGGAAAAAGGGAAGGGGUCUGAAUAUCUGUUUCUGUCUUCCUCUCCUAUGUUCUCCAUCACAUUUUCAGCGUCUAACUUUCCUAGACACCUGCUCGUCGAACAUCUCAUUCCAAAAUCAUGGGCAUUAGUAUGGAGUUGGUUCCCCCCCUUUGCUGCUAUAACAGCCUCCGCUCUUCUGGGAAGGCUUUCCACUAGAUGUUGGAACAUUGCUGCGGGGACUUGCUUCCAUUCAGCCAAAAGAGCAUUAGUGAGGUUGGGCACUGAUGUUGGGUGAUUAGGCCUGGCUCGCAGUCGCCGUUCCAAUUCAUCCCAAAGGUGUUCGAUGGGGUUGAGGUCAGGGCUCUGUGCAGGCCAGUCAAGUUCUUCCACACCGAUCUCGACAAACCAUUUCUGUAUGGACCUCCCUUUGUGCAUGGGAGCAUUGUCUUGCUGAAACAGGAAAGGGCCUUCCCAAAACUGUUGCCACAAAUUUGGAAGCACAGAAUCGUCUAGAAUGUCAUUGUAUGCUGUAGCGUUAAGAUUUCCCUUCAAUGGAACUAAGGGGCCUAGCCCGAACCAUGAAAAACAGCCCCAGACCAUUAUUCCUCCUCCACCAAACUUUACAGUUGUCACUAUGCAUUGGGGUAAGUAGCGUUCUCCUGGCAUCCGCCAAACCCAGAUUUGUCACUUGGACUGCCAGAUGGUGAAGCGUGAUUCAUCACUCCAGAGAACGCGUUUCCACUGCUCCAGAGUCCAAUGUCAGCGAGCUUUACACCACUCCAGCCGACGCUUGGCAUUGUGCGUGGUGAUCUUAGGCAUGUGUGCGGCUGCUCGGCCAUGGAAACCCAUUUCAUGAAGCUCCUGACGAACAGUUAUUGUGCUGAUGUUGCGUCCAGAGGCAGUGUUGCAACCGAUAACAUACGAUUUUUACUCGCUACAUGCUUCAGCACUCAGCGGCCCCGUUCUGUGAGCUUGUGUGGCCUACCACUUAGCGGCUGAGCUGUUGUUGCUCCAAGAUGUUUACACUUCACAAUAACACUACUUAGAGUUGACCGGGGCAGCUCUAGCAUGGCAGAAAUUUUACGAACUGACUUGUUGGAAAGGUGGCAUCCUAUGACAGUGCCACGUUGAAAGUCACUGAGCUCUUCAGUAAGGCCAUUCUACUGCCAAUGUUUGUCUAUGGAGAUUGCAGUGCUCGAUUGUAUACACCUGUCAGCAACGGGUGUGGCUCAAAUAGCCGAAUCCACUAAUUUGAUUAAUGUAGUGUAUCAGUGGAUGAACAACCCUCUCUAUCUACCCUUUCCCCUGGUCCUUUACAACAACUCACUGUGAAAUUCUCUUUCCUUCCUUCCGCCCUUCCUUCCAUCCUUCCUUCCUUCCUUCCUUCCUUCCUUCCUUCCUUCCUUCCUUCCUUCCUUCCUUCCUUCCUUCCUUCCUUCCUUCCUUCCUUCCUUCCUUCCUUCCUCCCUCCCUCCCUCCCUCCCUCCCUCCCUCCCUCCCUACCUCCCCACCUCCCCCCUCCCCCCCUCCCCACCCCCCUCCCCCCUCCCCCCUCCCUCCCCCCCCUCCCUCCCUCCCUCCCUCCCUCCCCCCCUCCACACCUCCCCCCCUCCCCCCCUCCCCCCUCCCUCCCCGCCUCCCCCCUCCCUUCCUACCUCUACAGGGUAAACAAAGGAAGCCUGCUGGUGGUAGUUGGUCAGGCGGGCAGAGCCGCAGUGCCAGGGAGUCCUGCCAGGGGGAGCUGGCCAAUCAGGAGGUUGGAGGUCUGCACUUCAGUGGCUCCUCCCACAGCCACCAGCGCUACGACACGCUUCCCGAGGCCUUCAGCAGGACGUGA